AUGCUGCUGCUUAAAUUCCCCCCACACUCAAGAGUCGAUCAGGUUCGGGGGGACCAAUUGAGCGCACGGGUAUGCUACGUGUCAUCCACGGUGGAAUCAGCAACUCGGACGUCAGGGCAAAGGCCGCCCGAAACACUGGCCGUUACCCGCCCAAACAUGCCCAAUGGCAAAGGAGGGACCCAACGCCCCGAUGACCUCCGGGACGACAACGUCACGCCGCAAGCUCAACUUGCAGAAGAGCUCGAAACGAUCUCCAUCUCAGACACACAGGAUCGGCAGGUCCGAAUCGGCACUUCCCUCAGUUCGUCUCUCCGAACUGACUUCAUUACCUUUCUAAGGGCCAAUACGGAAGUUUUCGCCUGGUCUUACAACGAUAUGCCUGGGAUCUCCCCGGACGUCAUUAGCCACAAGCUCAGCAUCACCCCUUAUUUCCAGCCGGUCGACAGAAGAGACGAUCUGACGCCGAACGAUACGAGGCCAUGA